UGGUAUAAUUUUUAUUCGAAUAAAAAAUGACCUAUUAAAAUUGUGAAAGUAUGUAUCGCUAAAUGCCUGGGGCUCAGCAAUUCAUAUACUAAAUAAUUAAAUAUUUAGUACAUACAAAGAUUUAAUAUUCCACACAAUAGCAGAGCAGGUGCUUAACUUCAAUUUGGAGCCAGUCGGAGCGAGGAGGAGAGGGGCGUGGCACGACCGUGAACGUGAAGUUGGCCACUUUUUCAGCCACUCGCCUGACCCAAGAAGGCCUUGCGCCUUGCAAGAAGGCCUGACCUUUCCGAGUUCCGAUCCACUCAUAAGAAUCUCCACUCUGAUGACUGAUUUUCAAAAUGUGUCCACCAGAUGGCACUAGCGUCCUGAUAUUAAUAGUUUGGUUUGUUUACAAAAAUUUAUGUGAAGUGAAAACUGAAUCAGCUGGAAGUCGCGGUAAGGAAAGGUGACUUGCGAAUUGUGAACACCAGGCAGCGGAAACGAAUUGUCAGGAUGGCAGAUUACUUCUCCGAGCUGGGAUUUCGUCCCUUGGGCGAGGGCGAAGUGCCCGACCACGGCGCUCACCUUCUGCGACUGCUCAGGGACAGCGGAAACUACGACCUGCUGGAGAUGUUCGUCCGGCUGCGAAACGACGAUGGUGGUAACUCGGCCCCCGCUGCCAGCGAGAAGGUCGUGCAGGAACUACCUCUUGUUCAACCCUUGCCUAAAGAACAAUGUUCUGUGUGCUUAAAAAACUACGAUGAAGAUGACCCCUGCAGAAUGAUGCCAUGCAAGCAUAAAUUUCAUCAGAACUGCAUUUUCACAUGGCUUAAGCAGACAAAUUCCUGUCCCAUUUGCAGAAAAGAACUCCCAACAGAUGACCCUGAUUACGAGGCCAUUAAGAAACACAAGGAGCGAGAAGAUGAAAGAAAGCAGCAAUUAGAAAGCUUGCAUAAUUCAAUGUUUUCCUGAAUUAAUAUAAUUUCACUACAAUAUCGUUAUCAUUCCCAAGUUUUGUUAAUUACAGCUUAAAACUACAUAAAAUAUAGGACACACAAAUAAAAAGAUCACAUUUUACAAUGUUGAGAAAUAACUUAAAUU